AUGGCUGAAGGCACACGUUCGAGGGAGGCACUCCAAAGACAAGUCGACUCCCUGGAAGAAAGCAGCAAAACAGUGAAUGAAAGGUUAGACCAACUUACUGAUAUGGUGAGAACAUUAAUCGCUAAUCACAAUAAUAUAGUAAAUAGAGAAGUACCACUAGGACAUGAGGGUGGAGAACCAAAUAGGGGGGGUUUUAACAGAACUGUUAGGCUGGAGUUCCCUCAUUUCAAUGGGGAUAACCCAACUGGAUGGAUUUUCAAAGCAAACCAGUAUUUUGAAAUCCACCAAACAAACCCAGCCCAAAGAUUAUUAAUAGCUUCUUACCAUAUGGAGGAGGAAGCCUUGGUCUGGUACCAAGAUGCUUAUGAAUCCGGACAGCUUACUAGCUGGGACACAUUUGUAAGAGCCUUGCUGCUGCGUUUUGGGCCAACGGCUUACAAUGACCCAAUGGAAGGUCUUACGCGUCUGAAACAAACCACCACUGUUUCAGCUUAUAAAGCUGAGUUUGAAUCCUUGUCCAAUCGUUUAAGAGGUCUUUCAGCUCCUUAUAAAUUAAGUGUUUUCCUGAGUGGGCUAAAAGAUGAAAUCCACUUGCCAGUUAAGAUGUUAAAUCCUAUUAACUUGGGAGCGGCUUUCGGACUAGCAAAAGUACAGGAGGAAUACCUCCUAACUUCCAAGAAGCCUUUCACUAGACCUCAUUCGGAUAGGUCAAUGUCAUCUUGGGGAACCAAUCCUAACCCCACUGGGCAGUACAGUGAAGGAAGCAGCAGUAGUAAGGGGGGGAGAUAUGUUAGUCCUAACAGGAAGUUGUUCUCAACCUCAAUGGAUGAGAAGCGCUGCAAGGGACUAUGCUACCAUUGUGAGGAGAAGUGGAACCCCACGCACCAGUGCAAAGCACCAAAAGCUUACCUGUUGCAGACCCUUGAAGAACCAUUGGAAGCAGGACAGACUGAACUAGCAGAAAAUGAGGACAAUGAUCCCGAGAUGGAGCCCUUAGUGGAGCAACCUGAAUCAGGGAUUUCGUUGAAUGCUAUGAGUGGGAACCCUAAUGCUCAAACAAUGAGACUUCUGGGCAAUUUGUGUGGAGUACAAGUGGUGGUUCUGAUCGAUUCAGGCAGUACAAAUAAUUUUAUGGACCCCUGGGUGUCCAGAAAAACCAAACUACUAGUGGCAGACCCAAGACCCAUUUCGAUAAAGAUUGCAAAUGGAGAUGUUAUCCAAGGUGAAGGCCAAUGCAGUGAAGUACCCCUCAAACUGCAAGGUACACACAUUACUACCUUCUUUUAUUUACUUAAAUUGGGUGGUUGUGAUCUGGUUCUCGGAGUAGCUUGGUUGCAAACUCUUGGCCCAAUAUUGUGGGAUUUUGCAAAACUUACAAUGGAGUUUGGAGGAAGGGAUGGAAAACAAGUCCUAAAAGGAUUAAAGCCUGGUGAGUCAACUGUAGAGGGUAGUAGCAAGUCUCUACUCCACUCUAUAAACCGUGGCCAAGGAUUUUGGUUACAAUGGCAGGAAGCCCAAACCAUGGAAAAAAACCUCAGCUCUGAAUUCCAAAGAACCCACCUGGACAUAAAAGCCCUCCUAACUCAGUUUAAAAAAAUCUUUGACACCCCACAAGACCUUCCCCCAACUCGUUCCAAGGAUCACAGAAUAAUCCUUAAAGCAGGAACCCAGGCUAUUUCUACUCGACCCUACCAUUACCCACAUUACCAAAAAAAUGAGAUUGAGAAACUGGUGACAGAAAUGCUACAAACAGGAGUUAUUAGACCUAGUUCCAGCCCUUUCUCAUCUCCCGUAUUGCUGGUUUGA